CUCUCUCCUCCCCUUCCUUCCUCUAACGGCAGCACACAGUCCGCGCAAACACACACACCACAACUCCGAGAGACACACACGAUUCAAGACUACUGGAAAGCCGAAAAUCUGGGUAUUGGCUUCCUCUGACAACGGUUGUUUCAGCUACCUGAGCUCAGAGACGCAGAGAAUACUCGGCAGGAUGGACCGGAACGAGAGUCACAUGAAUGUGAAGUUGGGAAAGACGGAAGCACGGUCCCCUUCCCGAGCUGAACCUGAUGUAUCGUAUGCUGAACUGAAUUUCAAGACCCGCUCUGCGCCCCGGGUGCGGAAAGAUCGAGUCACUCCUCUAUCACAGUCACCGUCUCUACCAUUCUCGGUCUCCCCCUUGCGUUCUGUCCAUCUCUCUCCGCUCCCUCUCAUCCUUCCCUGCGAUCUGAACUCCACCUACUCAGAUCUGAACUUUCGGAAAGAGAAACCCGGUAUCGAUCAGGAUGAAGAUCCUCCCAUUGCGUCGAGACCUAGCGGUUUGUCAACCACUACACAAACAGCGGCACAAGAGCAGGAGUCGAAAGUGAAGAUCGGAAAUAGACCGUACCGUCUGAUCUGCCUACUCUGCCUAGUUACGUCCGCCCUUAUCGUGAUAGUGGCCGGUCUCUCGAUCCAUGUUUCACAGAUUCGUCCUUCUAAGAUCACCUCCGAUCGAAACUGCCAUGAUAUAAACUCAACACUUCAGUCGAAGGUUUCUGCGCUCUACUCUAAUCUGACAGUUCUUAAACGAAUGCACAGCGAUCUCCGUCACCAGCUCACUGAGAUGGAAACGAAGUGCAGAUCUGUCAACAAAACCAAGGCUCAAAUCUGUGAAUUAUUGACCAGCAGAAGAGAGAAAGCGUGUUCCCAGGACUGGAUCAAAAAUGAAGACCGGUGUUAUUUCAUAUCCACGUCGGAAACAUCUUACGAUGGAGCAAAGGAACAUUGUUCAAAAGUUUAUGCAAGGCUGCUGAAAAUAAAUUCAACAGAAGAGGAGAAUGUUGUUUCAAACGCUCUCGUUCAUCAAGACAGAACAUACUGGAUUGGAAAAUGCGCACACGGGGAAGCGGUUUCUAGUCUGAUGUACAAGCAUCAGAAUGGAAAUCCCGUCUGCGGUAACUGCGACUCGGACCAGUGGAGGAACCUUUGCAAUCGUCACCACCAUUUCAUCUGCGAGAAGUCUGGACAUUUGUUCAAAGAUAUUCCAGAAAAGAUCCAGGAUCUCUGUCAACAGUCCGUAGGGCCAACUUGAAUCACAUUACAAUCCAUUUUCCUCCCGCGUCUCUCUUCUCCACUCUCAUCUUCCUCAUCCUCACAUCCCUCUAUUCCCACUCUGUCCAUCCCCCAACCAUUCUCCUCCGCAACUCGCAUCCUCUUCCCGCCAACACUCUCCUACGUUCCUCUUUCCCCGCCAAUUUCCUUCUUUCUCGCCAACUCUCCCACUCUUCUAUCCCUCUGAAACGUUCUCCACACCUCCUUCUCUGUUACAUCUCUCCCUCCUCUACACCCAUUCUCAUCUCACCUCCUGUGCACUCUGGUUCACAGAUCCCCACCCUGGGGUGGACGACUGUGCGCAUUCAAUCUAUCUACGCCCCUCAGGGUUUUAUACUCCUCGAUAAUGUAACCCGUGCUCCCCAAAAAAUAAACUCCUCUCGCCAGACCGGUCUCCAUAACUCAUACACUAGAAUCCCAGCAACAUCCUCGUAAAUCUCCCUCUGCACCCUUUCCAGCUCAUCGUUCCUACAGCAGGGCGACCAGAACUAAACACAGUACUCCACGUGUGGCCUCACCGAUGCCCUGUACAACAGCUAUGUGUCCUCCCGACUCCUGUACUCAGUGAAGUCCAGCGUGCCACAUGUCCUGUCUAUCUGUAUCGCGUGUUUGCCACCGGAAUCACCAUCUGAUUUAUUGUCUGAGACUUAUACCACC